AUGGAGUUGUCGGGUUCCAUCGCCUGCCCCACGGCGGCUCAGGCGCGGCUGCUCCGGCCGCCGGCUGAUCUUCCCUGGCUCGCCUCGCCUCCUCAAAGGCGCAAUGUCCCUGCCUCUUCAGGAUACAUAUCUUGUAGGAGUUUUGCCGUGAGAAGCAAAGUGACCAAGGCGAUGCCUUCACUGAGUGUGAGCAUUCAGCCUGCAUUUCCUCAGCCAGUUACUCGGGCUACAUGGAAGAAGAAACACAAUGUUACAUGCUAUCAGAGACAAGGAGCUCCACAGAUAGAAGCCAAGUCAAUGGAGGAAGUAUAUGAUUCUUUGGCUGAGCACAUUCUUUCUGUCUUCAAGAGUAUCGAUAAUCUUGAUUCAAAAUAUAUUGUUGGUCUGGCUGGCCCACCUGGUGCAGGCAAGUCUACUGUUGCCUCUGAAGUGGUUCGACGCGUCAAUAUGCGUUGGUCUCAGAAGCAUACAAAAGAUAGUUCACUGAAUUCAAAUGAAGAUAUUGCGACAAUGCUUCCCAUGGAUGGUUUCCACCUUUAUCGAUCCCAGCUUGAUGCAAUGAAGGAUCCAAAAGAAGCACAUGCAAGAAGAGGAACACCAUGGACAUUCAAUCCAUCACUUUUUCUGAAAUGCCUACAGACCCUAAAGGAAGAGGGGUCAGUCUAUGCUCCAUCAUUUGAUCAUGGUGUUGGUGACCCAGUCGAGAAUGACAUAUUUGUAAAGCCGCAGCACAAAAUAGUGAUCGUCGAGGGGAAUUAUUUAUUACUGGAAGAAGAUUUUUGGAGGGAAAUUAGAGACAUGUUCGAUGAGAAAUGGUUCAUUGACAUUGACAUUGAUGUCUCCAUGCAAAGAGUGCUCCAGAGGCAUAUUGGCACAGAGUUUCUGAACACUACAACUUCUUACCGUCUCAAAAUUUGUCUUGUGAAUCAGAUUUCAUACAAUGACCGGCCGAAUGCUGAGCUUAUCAUGGAGUCAAAAAAGGCUGCAGAUCUUGUAAUCAGAUCGGUGGACUACUGA